GCCUGUUUCCUGCAAUAGAAAGUGAGAGAGUGUACGGAGAGAAAAAACAGACCUUUCCCCCUUUACCGUAAAGGUUUAUCACCAUAUGAAUAAAACGACAAUAAUUAAGAGCACAUUCAUGAUUCCGUGGCGUUCCGAACCCUCCAUCUCCCCGAUCUGCUGAGGUUUGAACCCGCGCCCCGUCAACGAUGCCACUCUGAACGGGAGGGAAAGAUGCCGCGCACCAAACAGAACCACCCCAAAAACCUCAAAGAUAAAAUUGAAGAAGCUCAGAAGGAACUGAAAGACCCUAAAGGCUGUCAGAAAGGUGUGACUGAGAACAGCCGGCGGAGUGCGGACAGCAUCAAAGGCCUGAAACGGAAGAAGGUGGUGGCAGAGACCCAGCUAAAGAAGAUUCCCAAGUCCCCUGUGAAGAAGCCCUCGCAGGCCAGGACAGCAGCCGUCAAGGAAGCCACGCCCUCCUGCUCCUUCGCCAGUAGCCCCUCCCAGAACCAACCCGUUGUGCCCGUUCAGAAUGGAGAACCCGAUGAUGGCGCGCAGUCUCUGCCCGGCCCCCCUGAGGGACAGCCAGUGAGGGCCAAAGCCACGCCCACAGCAGCCAGCCGCGAAAGGCCCAUGCAAACAGAGAGGUGCAGUGUCCAGCAGCAGUCUUUCGAGCCCUGUGAUGAAGAGAGGGGCCCGGCCCAUGGCUCAGAGGGCUCUCUGAAGGACAGCUGGGGUGGGUCAGCCAACAGCGACAACACCAACACCUCCCACUCUCCCGCCCCACUGGAGGUCCUGCUAAAGGCUAUGGAGCCAGACCUCUGCUCGUUGGCGGAGAGGAAGAGCUCCUUCUCCCCGACCCACAGAAGGACAGCGGGACCAACCGUCACUGCCCAGGCCAAUAUGGCCAUGUCCGCUGUUAAUGUGGGCAUCCCAGCUCAGCUUACACUAACGGUGGCCUCCAAGCAACAGCAGUACUACCAGCAUGUCUCCCAACCAGUGCCACUGAGUGGCCUGGCUCCGGGUCAGGCACCACCUGUGCAGUACCCGUCCUCACAGGCGUAUCCGCCAGGCCGAAUGCAGGAACUGGUGCAAACAGGUCCCCGCCAAGGGGAAAAACAGGGUCUCCAUCAGAGCUACAGUGCCAUGCCCACCUGCACCAUGACCACCCCGGUCCCCUCGGGGCCCAAGGUCCUCCCACAGAGCCAGCCAACAGUGCAAACUUGCCAGUCUGUCUCAGCCAGUGUGCCCAGUGCCAUUCAGGUACCUGUCACGCCUGGCUUCCAUCCGGUGCAAAUGGCCACCAUCGUCUCCUCGGGGCUGGAGCAGAUGUGUAGCUCCUCGGCCAAGGAUCAGAAGAGCAAGAAGCCAGGCAAAUACGUGUGUGAGUACUGCAGUCGACACUGCGCUAAGCCCAGCGUGCUGCUGAAGCACAUCCGCUCUCAUACGGGGGAGCGGCCCUACCCCUGCGUCACCUGCGGCUUCUCCUUCAAGACCAAGAGCAACCUUUACAAGCACAAGAAGUCCCAUGCGCACGCCAUCAAGCUGGGCCUGGGGGCUCGCUCGGACUCCGGCGGCGGGACCCUGUCGCAGGAAUCAGACCGGACGCCCAGCGCACACUCUGAUGCGGAGGAGAGUGGUGAGAGUGAAGACGAGAGUGCUGCAGACCUGGACCCAGAGUCCUCUCAGAGCAGCAUCGCGGGACUGUCCGAGAGCAGCAUGCAUAGUGCCAGCACUGCCCACGCCAGCCAAGGAGAAGCUGAGCCACCGACCGCUCUCGAGACUUUAAAAGCCAGGGACUUUCAAAAGGCCCUGGAGCCCAAAGUGACAGCCCCUCUGCCAAAGGUAGUGGUCUACUCUGUGAACGCCUCCCCCUUACGCGCAGACAGUCCAAGGGUCACAGACUCCACGCCAGAGCUGGCCCAGGCUCAGAGGCAGCGUGAGCCCCAGGCCCCCAGGUCGAGUGUCACAGUCCUGUCGUCUUUGACAGAAGUCGAGUGCCCGAGUCCCCUGCAGGACACCAUAAGUGAGGAUGAGGACCGGCACUGCAAAUCGCCCCCCAGCGGUGGCCAUGCAAUGCUGCAGAGGCAGGAAGCGACAGACUUCUCCCAGCUGCAAAGACAGCAGGCCACUGACAUUUACCAGCAGCAGCAGGGGAAGGGCCUGCUGAGCCCACGCAGUUUGGGCAGUACAGACUCCGGCUACUUUUCUCGCUCUGAAAGCGCUGACCAAGCUAUGAGUCCCCCAAGCCCCUUUGUCAAGAUUACCCCCCCAACAGACAUGGACGUGUCCAAGAACCCACUGAUUAGUCAUUCCGCUGUUGUGGCAACAGUCAUGCAGGCAACAUAUUUUGAGAAACCCCCUGCUUUACAGGGUCAGAUGCGUCCACCAUUGGAGACCAAAACCCUCUCGCUUGAGGAACGCAUUUCAAAACUCAUAUCAGACAAUGAGGCGGUGGUAGAUGACAAGCAGCUGGACAGUGUGAAGCCAAGAAGAACAUCUCUCUCUAGGAGAGGAAGCAUUGACUCUCCAAAAUCUUAUAUAUUCAAGGACUCUUUUCAGUUUGACCUUAAACCAAUAGGCAGGAGAUCAAGCUCCAGCUCAGAUAUACCAAAGUCCCCUUUCACUCCCACUGAUAAAUCCAAACAGGUGUUCCUCCUUUCUGUUCCCCCUCAAUAUCCAUCCAUGGACUGUUUGCCAAUAACAAGGAGUAACUCCAUGCCUACAACACCUGGCUUUUCUGCACUACCCCCCAAUGUAGCAGCUCAGCCCCGUGUCCUGCGUGGCUGUCAGUCAUUUGAUGAGAAAAUCGGUUCCCUCAACGAUGACGUUUUUAUUUCAGCCCCUCCCACACCUAAUCCAGCAGUGCACACUCGGACACUUGUGAGGCAGAUAGCCAUUGAAGAUUCCUCUACAGGUGAGGGUAACGGCCUUGCGUCCACACGGUCCAUGGAUGAGGGUCGCCUUGGACCCAGUUUGUCUACAGAGCUCAUGCAGAAGAGUAAGUCAUUUGAGCAUGCACCCGAGAUAAACAAAAGGCCACAGCAGAACAAAGGAACAAUGUUUGAAUGUGAAACUUGUCGUAACCGGUACAGAAAACGAGAAAACUUUGAAAAUCACAAGAAGUUCUACUGCUCAGAACUGCAUGGACCCAAGAACAAGCCAGUGGCUGCUCGGGAGGUGGAUCAAGAUGUGUUUUCGUGUGGCAUUCAACAGCCUCAUGCUUUUAGUCAGCGAACAAUAGCGGAACAACAAACAUCAAUAAGAAAACGAAGAAAAAUGAAAAGUGUGGGCGAUGACGAUGACCAGUCUCCAACAGAGACAAAUCCUCCGUGCUCUGGAAGUUUUGACUCAUGCCAACUUUCCAAGGAUAUUCGAGCGAGGACAUUUCCACAGGCCUCGCUUAUAGUGGAUCUGCCGCCCAACAGCAGUCUGCCACAAAUCCCUCCAAUACAGCUAAUGGGGAGGAGUACAGAUUCAGAGUCCAGACUGUCACCUAUCAGAGAGGCUCAGAUUAGCAUUACCACUAAAGAGAGGGGGGACCUUCAAAGGCAAGGUAGUGGUACAUCUGUUAUACGACAUACAAACUCUUUCAGCAGACCGAGUUCCUUUGAGACAUCUGAAUCUAUUGACAGAUCCUCUCCUGUGGAUUUUGUGGAAAAGGAGGGCCAGAGCAUAACCAAAACUGCAACAACGACAACAGUUAACAUCGCAAAGGAGAGCCACACUGAAUUGGCACCUUUACCGAAGUGUAAAGAUCGGGACAUGCCAGGAAAGGAUCAUCACACCAAUCGCACGACAGCGAUGCCCGGUGAGAUUUGUACUCCCACACAGCAGUCCCGGCUAGUGCGACAAAAUAACAUCCAGGUACCGGAAAUUCUGGUGACCGAGGAACCAGACCGUGAGCAGGAGAGUCAGGGUAUCGAGUCAGAGAAGCCACCCGAAACUUUUAGUUGGCCCCAGAGGAGUGAAAGUUUGUCCAAGCUACCGACGGAGAAGCUGCCUCCAAAAAAGAAACGGAUACGAUUAGCUGAAAUGGAGCACUCUUCAGGAGAGUCGAGCUUCGAGUCCACCUUAUCUCGCAGCCUCAGCAGAGACAGUAGCCUGUCACGCUGUUCCAGUGUUUCAGCUUCGUUUGAGAGAGAUGAGCUUCCGCGAGCUGACAGCCCAUCCAGGGCCGAAUGUACCAGCAGGUCCCCAGAGGUGCAGAACUUGGCUUUAGCCUGCAACACCCUGGGAGUCCCAGGUCUCAGAGACUCCAGAGAGAUGAGGCGAGCUUCUUCAGAGCAGAUCAGCUGCACGCAGCCUUCGGUGGAGAUUGCGUCUGAGUACCGCAGUAAAUCCUUUGACUGUGGCACCGUUUCGCCCAGCAGGUCUAUAUCACCUAUGGAAACUACCUUGCAAAGAAGUCCUCCGGCUGUCUCUGUGGCCCAGGUUCCUCUUAUUGAAAGGCGAAGGGGACCUCUUGUUCGUCAGAUGUCCUUAAAAAUCGGGUUUGAAAACCAGCUACAACCUGGCAAGCCCCCAGUGGCCCUUCAGAAGAUUAACACAGCAAAUACAGUCUUGGCUCAGCAGAGAUUUCAUACUACAGGUCUUCCUUGCAUUGGCCAACCUCUUAUUUUACACCCGUUGACUUCCGGGGAGGCUCCACAGCAGAAGAAUGAAGUGACUGUCCAGAGCAUUAACUUAGGCAGCCAAACCCAACAGGCUCCAGUUCAUGGCCUUCCACACCCUUGGCAUCAAAGCUCCAAGACUUCGAUCUGCCAAAGGACACCACAAGCUCCAGGGCAAAGUGUAGUGGGUCAGCAAGAUGCUCAGAACACUUCUGCUGACUCGCAAGAUAAGAGAAGCCUUGUUCCGAAGUAUCAGCUGCAGUGUUCUGCCCCCAAAACCUCGGCCUAUGUCCCCUCAAGCACGAUUGGGACACAGCUCACAUUGCCUAUAAUAACUCUGCCUGUUGUCAAAGAGGUUAGCAGUAUAUCCAAUCCAACUGGAGGAAUUCAGAAUAUAUGUGUGGUUCCACAGAGCCACCAGAUCGUAGCCAAUCCAGCAGCUUCCAUUGUUUUACCUGUGGGCCUUCAGAGUCGGGCAGGCGUGGCUUCCCUGCCCCAGAUCCUGAUCACCCAUGAGCUCAACCCUGCCUCGUCUAUUGCACCUUGUAGCCGCCCACCUCCUGUGCAUGUCACUGACAGCAGUAUUAAAAAUCCCCACAUGCAGGGAGAGGACUCUCAAGUGUCCGCCACCCCUCAGUCCAAGUGUAGCUCAGGUUCUGAUAACCAGAACCGCAGCGGUGACUCCAGGAGCAUGCCCUCCCUGGGCUCCUUGCACUGUGUCCAGAAGAUGUCAUCCAUGGGUCUCUGCCCACAGCCGGAGCCUGCUGCAUCCAGCAAGCGCAUGCUGUCCCCGGCUAACAGCCUGGACAUUGCUAUGGAGAAGCAGCAGAAAAGAGCAAAGGAUGAACACGGUGCAGCGUGCCUCACUGACGGCAGGUCUCUCAGCUACCUAAACUCCAAGAUGGCGGAAGUGACCAGGCAGAGAAAACUCAUGUUAGUCCGCCAAGUGUGCACAACAGAGCCAGUGGACAGCCCCAUUGAUCUGGAACCGCCCCAGCAGCAUCCAGGGAAGACAGACGUGGGAAGUUCAGACACUGUGGACACUCUGACACUGGACAACUGUAAAAACAGAGUUAAUGCCCCCACAGGACAGACAGCCGAAAGCAAGCCUGCUGCUGUGGAGAACUAUCCAGAACCUUCAGGGCCAGCUUCUGCCCCUGUGCCACCCAACUGCACUCUAAAGUCUCUUGGGAAGUGUGAGGAGGGGCGGUCACCUUCAAAGUCUCCUGUGCGGACGUUAAGCCUGCAUGCUCAGGGGAAACUGACCGCAUCGGUGUCUGUUGUUAACACGAGGGACAGUCACCGUCUGUCCUUUCCCAGCCUGAAAACUGCCACCACCCUCACCUGGUGUUACUUAAUGAAGAGGAAGUCCCUGCACAUCCCGCAGACAGACCAGAAGAUCUCUGCCUACUCCACCUGGUCCAUCCCUCAAAAAAACCCCAACCCGCUGGGCCUCCCCACCAAGGUGGUCAUGUCCCUCUUCAACUCAAAACAGAUAGCCAAGAAAACACACUACACUCAAGCCAUUACCACAAGCCUCAAGUCUGACAUCCUGUCCUACUCUAGCAAGCUGAAAGACAGCUUGCCUAAGGUCAUAACCCCCCAGACAUGCAAGCCAAAUGACAAGUGCAAACUCAAACCUGAAACUCAGCAGAGCAACGAGUCUGACAGGGACUCAUCUUCUUCCAAAUCAGAGCCGAGGCGAGUGAAAAUAUUCGAUGGAGGGUACAAGUCAAAUGAGGAGUACGUGUACGUGCGUGGCAGGGGUCGGGGAAAGUACAUUUGUGAGGAGUGUGGCAUCCGCUGCAAGAAGCCCAGCAUGCUUCGCAAACACAUCCGCACACACAGCGACGUCCGCCCCUAUCACUGCACCCACUGCAACUUCUCUUUUAAGACUAAAGGAAAUCUGACAAAACACAUGAAGUCUAAGGCCCAUAGUAAGAAGUGUAUUGAGAUGGGAGUGUCGCUGAGCUCAGUGGAUGACCAGGACCUGGAUGAUGCAGGAGAGCGCAGCCAGACAGGCAGCACAGACCGUCCCGGGUCGGACGGCGAGGAUUCGGAUGGCGUGGAAGACGAGGACAACGACGGGGAGGACGAGGACGAGGAGGACAGCCAGGCGGAGUCCGGGCUCUCGGCCACGCCCUCCGUCUCGGCCAGCCCGCAGCACCUCCCCGCCGUGCCGCUGGACGCCCUGCCCAGUGCCCUCCUGGCCCAGAUGUCCAUCUCCGCGGCUUCCCCCGGCUCAGCCCCGCUCUCCUUACCGCCGCCCCCGUGCUCCGACUCGCAAGCCUCCGACACGGAGUCCGUGACCAUGAUGAGCCCCGUCUCCGUGGUUUCCCCCAGCCCCGCCUACCUCUCUUUCCCCACGUUCCCCAUCUCCAUGGUCUCCGCCCCGCUCUCCUUCCCCCUCCCCACUACGGCGGACGCCCAUUCCUCCGACACGGAGUCGGUCACCAUGAUGAGCCCCGUGUCGCCCUGCAGGCAGAUGUCCAUCGACUACCCGGACGUCGACUCGCCCACCACCCCUCCUGCUCCAGGAAAGGGCCCCAAGGACACCCUGACCUCCCCGCCCCCCCAGCACACCAGCGAGGCCGGGUUCCCCGUGGACCGCAGCACCCAGACCACCCUGCUUCCCCCCAUGGCCUACGACCCCCCGGGCUCGCUGCGCUUCCUGCCCCAGACGCAGAUCCAGGACCCCGGGGCGGGCGGGGCGCCCACGCACCUUUUCAGCCACCUGCCGCUGCACUCCCAGCAGCCGUUCCGCUCGCCCUACGGCAUGGUGCCGGUGGGGGGCAUCCAGCUGGUGCCGGCGGGCCUGGCGGCGUACUCCACCUUCCUGCCCGUGCAGGCGGGACCCAUGCAGCUCACCAUCCCGGCCGUGAGCGUCCUCCACCGGAGCGGCAGCCCGAUCCCCGCCGCCCCCUCGCCCCCCCGGGCCGACGGGCCGCUCCACCCCGAGCUCCUGCCCUGCUUCCCGCUGGGCCAGAUGGGCCUCGGGGGGGGCCAGGCCCUGCAGCCGCUGGGGUUGGAAGCUCUGGGCGUGGUGGGCGUAGCCAACGCCGGCCUCCCCUCCGCCCAGCUCCUCCCGCAGCCUGGCCUCGCCCUCAAGACGCUCGGUCUGCAGGUGCUGACCGCCGGCCCGGGCCCCCAGGGCGUGCCCAGCCCCCAGACGCACGUCCCCGGGCUGCAGAUCCUGAACAUCGCCCUGCCCACCCUCAUCCCCUCCCUCAGCCCACUCCCAGCAGCCCCCGUGGCCCCCGCCGCCCCGCCCUGUGCCGCGGAGACCCCCGUCAGCUGCCCUAGCGCCGCACCCGCCACGGCCACGCCCCCCCGGCCCGCCCCCUCCGCGGCCCCGCGGCCCCAGCCCGCCCCCGCAGUUCAGGUCUCGCAGGAAGCGAUGUCGUACAGCCCGCCGCCCGUGGGCGUAGCCUUAGGACCCAGCGCGGGCGGUGUUGAGCGAGAGGAAGUGACGUCGUCGCCGGGCAGGAGCGGUCCUGCAGGGGGUGCCAGAGGGCUGGAGGCUCAGAAAAGGCUGCCGUUCACCCGGCGGCAGGUGACUGUGGACUACAACGACGCCUCCAGUGACGACGAAGACAGACUCGUCAUCGCUACCUAAACCCCCCCCCCCCAAAUUUAAAUGCUCUUUUUCUAUGAAAUGCUUUGUCACUUUGUAAAACUUAAAACACUUAAGAAGGUUUGCGUCUCUGCAAACCGUCCUUCUCUCAAAGCACAUUUUCUGACAUUUCAUAUUGUAUGUGCAAUCACAAAUGAUGACCAAUCGCUUCAUUUUGUUUUCAAAAGCCUUUUUUUUGACAGCUACAGAUGAAUUUUUUUCUUUUACUUUUGUAUAUGUUGUAAAGACAGUCGUGCCUUUUUGGAGUUUCUGUAUAUAAUUUAGUACAAAAUCUGGUAGUCACUUGUGUUUAUUUAGAGAAAAUGGAAGUUAAAAACAAAAAAAGUGGAGGAAAAUUUUUAUUUUGAAAAGUUCAUGUCAAUCAUAAAUAUAUGGGAUAAUAAAGUAUAUAUGUUGCACUGAUAAAUGUACAUUUCUAUGGUUUGGGGCAAUGUUUCCAUGUAAAAACUGAUGUUGUAGUUUAAAUAUUUAUUGUAUUCCAUCUCUGGCCUUGAUCCAUAGGUCUGUGUAAGACGGUAGCUUUGCAUUGUGGUAUCUAUCUAAUGACCUGUACCAGUAAAACUUUGUUUACAAAUGUGCAAA